AUGACACGCGCCGCACAGACACUUUCCAUGGGCCUUCUGGUCGCAUCCAUCUACACAGUCUGCGUCCUCGGCCUCGUACCAUUCCCAUCGCUCAUUCAGAACGAGAUAAUACCUGUCCUCCCCAUCUGGGCAUUGAUCUCCUUCGGCGCAUACCUCCUCGGAAAACUGGGCUGGGGUGUCCUUACUUUCAACGACGUUCCGGAGGCGCACGACGAGUUGAUGAAGGAGAUUGAGACGGCGAGGAAGGAUUUGAAGGCGAAGGGUGUUAGUGUGGAUUAA